AUGCGCUUCCACACGUCUGCCCUUCUCAUCGCCUUGGCGACGGUAGAGUUGAGCUCUGCCGUCACCGUCAAGGUGAACCCGCUUCCUGCGCCGCAAGAGGUGACUUGGGGCGACUCUGGUCCCCAAAAUGUCGGCUGGCUAAACCUGCGUACCAAUUCGAAUCGCACGUCCAAGUCCAACACCCAACUCGUCUCGGAUGCUUGGAGUCGCGCCUCCCAGGCCAUCACGUCGCUACGAUGGGUGCCGCAGGCCAUCGAGCAGCCCAUCCCCAAGUUCGACCCUUUCCCCACCGCUGCCAGCAACAGCAGCAGCACCAAAUCGAAGCGAAACACGGGCAGCGGCUGGCUCAACGAGAUCAAUGUACAGGUUGCCGACUGGUCCGCCGACUUGAAGCACGGCGUCGACGAGAGCUAUACCCUCACCGUGUCUGCUUCGUCUUCGACGGUGGAAAUCACGGCAAAGACGGUCUGGGGUGCUCUUCAUGCCUUCACCACAUUCCAGCAACUCGUCAUCUUUGACGGCGGGUCCCUGAUUGUUGAGCAGCCCGUCACCAUCGAGGAUCACCCCAACUACCCCUACCGAGGUGUCAUGAUCGACACGGGCCGAAACUUCAUUUCCGCCAACAAGAUCAAGGAACAGAUUGACGGGCUUGCCUUGUCCAAGAUGAAUAUCCUCCACUGGCACAUCACCGACGCCCAGUCUUGGCCCAUCCACCUCGAGACCUACCCUCAGGUGACCAAGGAUGCCUACUCUGGCCGCGAGAGCUACUCGGCAAAGGAUGUGCGGGAUAUCAUCUCGUAUGCUCGCGCCCGUGGCGUGCGCGUCAUUCCCGAAAUAGACAUGCCGGGCCACUCUGCCUCUGGAUGGCAGCAAAUCGACAAGGACAUUGUGACGUGCCAGAAUAGCUGGUGGUCCAACGACAACUGGCCCUUGCACACCGCCGUGCAGCCCAACCCUGGACAGCUGGAUGUCAUGAACCCCAAGACGUACGAAGUUGUCGGCAAAGUCUACUCGGAGCUGUCCAAGAAGUUCUCGGACGACUUCUUCCACGUUGGAGGUGACGAGCUCCAGAUUGGCUGCUUCAACUUUAGCAAGGGCAUCAGGGAUUGGUUCGCCGCCGACCCCGGGCGCACUUACUUUGACCUCAACCAGUACUGGAUCGAUCACGCAUACCCAUUGUUCAUGUCGGAGGAGAACAGCGGCAAGAAGGACCGCCGGCUGAUCAUGUGGGAGGACGUGGUCCUCUCUCCCGACGCCCACGCUAACAAUGUCUCAAAGAGCGUCAUCAUGCAGUCCUGGAACAACGGCGUUGCCAACAUCGACAAGCUCACAAAGGCCGGCUACGACGUGAUUGUGUCGAGCGCCGACUUUAUGUAUCUCGAUUGUGGCAACGGCGGGUACGUGACCAACGAUGCUCGUUACAACUCUCCCCAAUCGAAUCCUGAUGCUACCGGUGCGACCUUCUCCUUCAACUACGGCGGCCCUGGCGGCUCCUGGUGUGCGCCGUACAAGACGUGGCAGCGCAUUUACGACUACGACUUCACCGCGAACCUCACGUCUGAGCAAGCCAAGCACAUCAUUGGUGCCGCCGCGCCGUUGUGGUCCGAGCAAGUCGACGACGCCGUCAUCAGCUCCAAGAUGUGGCCCCGAGCCGCUGCACUCGCCGAGUUGGUUUGGUCUGGCAACAAGGACCCCAAGACUGGGUUAAAGCGAACGACUUACUUGACGCAACGUAUUCUCAACUUUAGGGAGUACCUUGUUGCCAAUGGCAUUGGGGCUGCUCCUCUGGCACCCAAGUAUUGCUUGCAGCACCCUCAUGCGUGCGACUUGUACUACAAUCAGACCGCUGUUAAAUGA